GCAUGUGCCAAGUCAGAGGAUCCGGCCUAUCACAGCUGUCCACAUCAGAUACCCUCAAUUCCUCAUUUCGUACGAGAUUUCUGUGGCGAAAUGAAUCGCGGCCGAUAGUGAAAUAAAAGUGGGAGAUAAAGCUGCUCCUGGUCAGGCGGCGACAACGCCUCGCCCUCAUCAACGCACUGCUCUGCUCGGCUCUGCUGGGCUCAGGGAAUAUGUCUGUCGCGCGAGCGAAGCACGUGAAGCCAAAGAGCGCGAUCUGCAGCACCUCCUGCUUGGCGUCGCAGCGGAAGGAUGAUGUGAUGAUGCGCAGUCGAAGUCCUCCGUGAGUCGUCCUCGGCCUUGCUCUGAGAGUCUGACGUGAGGUGGACUCGACGCCAGCCGAUGGGAGUGAACUUUUGGAUCAGUGUCGGGCAUGAAUUCGAGGAGAAGGAUUCAGGCAUAAAUGAGAAAGAUGGAGAAAUAGAUUGCCAGAUGCCUUCCCCGUGAAGACGGACGUGGGUGAGUGGGGGAGGGUUUGAGCGAGAGAACGGGGGAGGGAAAGAGCGCCAAGGAGGGCGGAAUUCACCAUGAAUCACCAUCGGAAAAGGCGUCCGCAACAGCGGGUACCCCAGCCAGAACAAGAGCGGAUGCAACAGGUGCUGCAGCGCCUGAAAUGUGCACUGCAGCUUGGGUUGAAGCCUUCUUUUUCAGAAAAGGUGGCAGGGAAAAGAUGGUGCAAUACGGACGCUGAGGUGCAACUUCAGGCCUUACGUGCCAUUGCAGCCUUUGUUUCCAUUUUGACCUCUCACCGUGGACGCCAUGCUUCGCUUCAGGUCGUAAAAGAGCGGUUUACUUGGACAUGAAAAUCUUAUCAAAAUCCAGACAUUUGGUACCCCUGGAGGAGUGUGUGGCAACCCUUCAGAGUCUACUCGGGGCUGAAAGGGAAACCGUGUUCAGCAAAGCUGCAGAUGUUUGUGAAGAUUUAAUCGUCGUCAUGGGUGAUGGUUUGCUUGGAUACGGGGGCAAACGCUUGGUUGGCCCUUUGGCCCGUCUUCUGAAGUGCUCAAAGUUGUCAAUAGUCAUUGCAGCAGCUACUGCCCUACACGGUAUACUCCUCAGGAUAAAGCCAGGUAUUAAUCGGGUUAAGGCAGGUGAUGAUAGCACGUGGAAAGCCCUGGAAGAUGCCGAUGUGCUUGCCAUCGUAAACCUUAUUCAAGAUGACCGAGACAGCAUUGUGAAAGACAAUGCACUUAUGGAUCUCAUCGCCGUGAUUGUGGAGAGAUGGCCUGAAGCAAGGUAUAGAGUAGGUUGUAAUUCAUCGUUCAGAACCACAUUGCUUCUUCGAUGCACGAGCAAUAGCGACACUGUUGCACAAAUAGCUUUACGAGCAGCUUCAGCUUUAGCUCUUUGUGGAUGCGUAGCAACCUUGUUAUUAAAGGCUUCAGACUGUCUUUGGUCAACUAUCUCCUCUUGCUUACAUUCUUCAAAGGACUGCAGAGUUCAGCUGGAAGCAUUUCGCUUCCUCACCUCACUUUCUAAAGCGUCCACGUUUGGAGCUUUAUUCUCUGGACCACACGUUGCACCCAUUGUUGCAAGUUGCUUGAGAGGGCUCGAGCUAGCUAAACGCUCAGGAGAAGGAAAAUGGUAUCCGGAAUUGGAGUUUUUGAUCGUGGAAGCUGCUCACACAACGAGCUCAAUUCUAAGCUGGCCAGGCACCCAACACUCUUUAUUUUUGAACGGUGGAAUAGAAGAACUGCUUCUGUUAGUUCUGUCAGGAGUGCAAAACAAAGGAGACAAGAAAUCUGGUGCAAACGAUGAGGAAAAGAUGACAGAAUAUGCGAGUUCUACUGUGGAACGCCGUUCACGAGCAAAUAAACUUAGUCCUACACUUAGACCACUGCUUUGGGAAAUACUUGGGUGGCUAGGAGCACAUCACUGUGUGGAUUUGGAGUCCUCUUCCUCACCUGCAAAGAAUGAGCCGGCAAAGCUAAACAACAAACUCAUCGAACUUGCAUGCGCUUCAUGGUUGAGAGCUUUGUGCAAACGAGGGCAAAGUCCUGUGUGGUUCGAGAUGGAGCACAAGCAGGAAGGUGGAACAGUUUUUCAUGUGAAGGACGAACCAGUUAAUUCUCUGGAGGUCGUCCAGAUUUGCAAAGCAGUACUCUUACUCCUCUCUUCUCCUUCUCAGGUGAUUUCAUCCCAGAUGAGAAUGUGCUUGGAAACUACCUUGACAUCUCACGGCUUAGACUGGUUGCCUACUCUUGUAAAGACAACCGCUUUAGGAGUUUCCAAGACAGUAAAGCUUCAUCACGUCCAAUCAAUGACAAAUCUUCUAGCUGUGGCGUGUGUAUCGUGGGUGGAAGUGUGUCGUGAUCAACUUCUCAAGCUUGAAAUCCUGCGAGUAAUCCUAGGCAUCAUACAAGGACAGACAGACAGUGUUGACCAGGGAAAGAUGGAACGUUUGUCUGCAAUGAGAGAUUCGUUUGCAACCAAGGCAUGUUGUGUUGAUUCUGAGAGCUGGGAGGGCAACGAUUGUGUCCUUUUCACUGCACUCUGGGCCCUACCCAAGUUGCUGCAAGGUUCAGAUUGGGCAAAGAAAAUACGUGAAUCCAUGUCAGAGGAGAUCGUUGACACCGCAAACUGGAGUAAAUUUGAGGACGGAGAUUUUGUACAUAUGUUAAGUAAAUUGGCUGGGGAUAGAACUAGAGCCGAGGGUGUACGCUGGUGGAGCGCAUGUUCCUUGUCGUGUUUCGGUGUAUAUGGCUUUCCGAGCAAAGUGGGACAGGAUGUCAAGAUGUCAUUCGAUGAUCCCUUACUGGCAGAUGUAAUAUUUGUGCUAGGCGAUGGAAGUCGAUUGGCAGCACAUGGUGUUGUACUUGCUAGUAGAUGUGAAACUUUGCUGCCAGCUGAGUUACAGGUCAAAGUUUGUGAAAACCUAGGUACAGCUGGUUCGCGAGGAGAUUCAGAUUCUCACCAUCUAAGGGAAAUGGAAGGAGCAGAUUUAGUGUCCGAAUUGAGGUCAACUCCAGCUGAAAUACAUGUAUCACCCAGACUCUCCAGUAAGGUUCUGAAAAUUAUCCUGGAGUACGUGUAUGCAGGUAUUGUGUGUAUCCCUUACGCUCUAGUGGCUGACACAAAAUUGGUGGCAAAGCGCUGCCGCUUGGAACCACUUACCAGCCUCCUUCAAGGGAAGAGUCCAAUUUGGGGAAAACCUUCUGCUCCUUUUGAUCUUUCUCCUGCUCUUGGCAUCAAGGGUCACAGUCUAGCUGAUGUCCUUCUACGAGCAGCAAAACCUCUGGGUGGUUCAUGGACAGAAAAAGAAUUAGGAGCAUUGUCAGAUUAUGUGCCUGCGCAUAGAUUUAUACUUUCUGCUCGUUGUCAGUACUUUCAAGCUCUUUUCCGAUCAGGAAUGCGUGACAGUACUCAGAAGGUACUUGAGAUGCAAGCUAGCAAGAUAUCAAUCUCGAAGCUUCUCCAUUAUCUGUAUAGUGGAGCAUCGAAGGCUGAAGCAGUAAACUGUAGCUGGACAAAUCUGGACUUCAAAGCUCAACUGGAGUACCUACAAUCGCUGUUAGAGCUCGCUGAUCUUGCAGGGCAGUGGCUUAUGGAUGAGCUUCAGCAAACAACAUGUGCACUUAUUGGAAUGUACUUGAAGAGCAACGUUCUCUUAUGUCCACCUGUCAUGAGUUUGGCAUUUUCUGGGCAACUCUGGAUGCUUGUAGAGACUUGUGCAGCAUGCUUGGCUCCAGAGUAUGUGCAACUCCGAAAUUCAGGAGCUUUGGAUAACCUGAAUGACGAACUGACAGACUUUGUUAGAGCCGCUCAUGUCAAGCUCUUCCGGGAGACUCUCGAUUAGGGAAUUCUUGCAACUAUCAAUGAUCACGACAAACCUCCUGGCAGACUGCUGAUAAUAGCAAGUGACGUCUUGCGUGAGUUUUCCACAGCUUGAUACCAGCUUCAAUUAUCGGAACUAGUUAGAAGUGGAGAGAAACUUCUCGAUUGAAGCUUCAGCAAAUUGCGACUUGAGACGAGGGAAUCCGAAACUGAUUCAAGCACUCCUGAAACUUCUGGAAGAGUGUUCACGAAGACGCAGGAAACUACUGGAACUGCAGGGUCUUCAUUUUGUUGGCUGAUUGACCUGCUUGGAUCGAUAACCAACAUCUAUCUGCUUACAUCACUUCCAGGUUCCUGUAUCUGAGGUGAAAUUGUUCUUGUAGCUGAUUUAAAUUGGAACGAAGCACACCCUCAUCCACUCAAACAGCGGUUUUGUAUAGUAAUCUACGCUGAAACUUAACCAAUGACCACACAUAUGUUAAAGGACAGUAUCUGUAUAAUUGCAUGUAUAGAAUUGACUCCACCCUUAAAAGAAUUGGGUCAGAAAGUUUACUGAUAAUCUCCACCAGAAGAAUAUGCUGUUAGUUUUAAUUCCACAAACUUCGCGCUGCGACUUGACUGUUUGUCAGCAAGCGACUGAAAGAAAGAGCAAUAACAGCGGAGGGUUGGUUGUAGUCUCCAUAAUCUAAAGUAAAUGAAAAUGCGGUCACUCUACGGAUUGUUUUGUCAUAAUUUCCCUCAUGCAGAGAGAUAGAUGGUUGUCAAAGGAGUAAUCAACGUCGCACAUAUUGUGAUUGGCGCAUCAUGCAACAGAUACAUUA